UGGCAUUGUCUUUUUGUAGACUUUCAAUCGUAAGAGUUUGACAUUACAAUUUUCGUCCGGAACUGAAACGGUUGUGUGACCUGCAGAAUGCUUUGUAAAAUCGUUAUAGUUUGCAUUGUGAUUCUUGGAACACGCGCUGAAGACGAAGAUGUUGCUCCGAUCGGUUCCAAUAGGAUUGGCUUUGGAAGUAAUUUCAGUGCAAAACGCGACGUACGGUUCUACUUGUACACGCCAUUGUCGGUGAAUGAGCCUCACGUGUUCUCGGUUGACACGGUUGGAACGUUGUCUCGUUCAUUCUACAACAGCAGUCUGCCACUGCGCAUUGUGAUCCACGGUUGGAUGAACAAUUACACGUCGUUGGCGAUUCGCGGAGUCAAGGAAGCCUAUUUGGCCGCCGGGCAGUACAACAUCAUCGGAGUGGACUGGAACACGGGAGCUGCUGAAGCGUACCUACGUGCCUCACAGUACACCUUGGCCGUGGGUCAUGUCGUUGCGGAACUGAUAAAUCGUAUGGUUCGUUCCAGCAUGACAACCAUGGACCAUAUCUACUUGAUAGGACAUAGUCUAGGUGCCCAUAUUGCCGGAAAUGCCGGUCGAGUUGUGAGUGUAGGAAAGAUAAAGGUCAUCUUCGGACUCGAUCCAGCAUCGAUCAAUUUCUUCGAGGAUGAACCGGAAAGCCGACUUAGUCCAGAUGAUGCAGAAUACGUCGAAGUCAUACACACCAGUACUCAAUUUUCCGGUUAUCCUCACCCGAUCGGACGGGUGGACUUCUACCUCAACUACGGGAAGAAACAACCAGGUUGCGCAACGGAAUCCUGCAGUCAUGGCCGAUCGGUCGAGUACUUUAUGGAAUCCCUUUCUAAGGAUUGCAAAGGCUUUUGGGGUGCACGAUGCGACGACUACAAUGAACUGAAAACGAAAACAUGCUACAACCUCAAACAGCAAGGUCUACUCGGCGGUGAUCCUCCGCAGUGGGAAAACGAAAAAGGAAUCUACGUUGUGGUAACGGCAGUAGAGUCCCCUUAUGCAUUGGGCUACAACUAUUGAAUACAGAUAUACUGAACAAAAUUGUCCUAGAAUAAAUUUCAAGUUCA